GCGAUUGGCCAAAGAUCCUAUAAUUUUUUUACCUUUUCCACCCGUUGCAGCCAAAAUCUCUCGCGGCGGCAAAUUUUCUCUCAAAAACUUCAAAUCAAGACUGUUGGAGAAAUAAACGCUUCAAAAAUGCGCCCAAGACUCCCUCUCGUCCUGCUAGCGGCAGGUAGUUCAACAACAUCUGCCAAUGCCGCAAACCCGAUUCGCAGGAUUGUGACCCUGCUGCAAGACAUGGAGAAAGAGCUGCAAAACGAGGUCACGGAGGAGAGGAAAAUGUACGCUAAGUAUGAGUGCUACUGCAAGCAAAACGACGGUGCGCUGAGCUCUCAAGCAGCCGAGGCGAUGGCCGAGCGGGACAAGCAAAGCCAGAUCGAAGAGCAGAAAAAGGGCGAGAAGAAACGAUUGGCCGAGGAGCUGAUUCAGCACAAGAAGGACCGGGAAGCAGCGAAAAAAGUUUUGGCGGUAACGAUCGAGACGGAGAAGGAACGGGUAAAGGCGUUCGAGGCAGAGCACUCGGAGUAUCCAUCGCACAAAUUUCCUUAUUCUCGUCGCAUGCCUGUACAGCGGCAAGAAAAAUUUAAAAACUUAUUUGCCUGCCAAUGAAACAUGAGACUUAAGUUUUGAUACGGCAGGGUCAGAUUUAGACUUAGUGUCAUGCAAAUAAAAUUUUCGCGUGUUCUGGUAGGAAAAUUUUCUGUGGAUACGCUGUAUUUAGAUACGAUCCGGGCGAUGGAGGCCGCUAUUAAGGCGCUCUCAAAGGGCAUGGGGAAGACAGCGUUCCUGCAAAGCGCAGUCGCAUCAAAGUUGAAGAAGGUUAUGCAGGUACUGAUAGAACUCAUUCUACGCUGUUUUUUUUUAAAUUUUUCGGCUUUCAGUUUCAGUUUCUUCAUUAAAAGAAUGAUCGCCUGACAAGAAAGAGUUUCCCGCGUCCGAAGCUGCUUGCGGCGAAGUUGAUGUGGCGCAGCUCCAGCUGCAAUCGGGUACUUACGCAUGUUGACAGAAAGUAGACUUUCUCAUGUGUAAUUCGCAUCGAGAUGAAAAAAGUGAAAAUUUAAAACCUCAGUCUCCGCUCCUGUCGCAGUCUUCCUACAACCAGCUACACCAGGACGAGGACAACCAACGGGCAGUUUUUUCCUUCCUCAACAAGGAUUACGCCCCGGCAUCCGGCGAGAUUGUCGGCAUUCUGAAGCAGAUAUGGUGUGCAAAUAAAGUAUCGCACUCGUAUAAAUGCAAGAUUUGCAUUUACAAAUCUUUUUCUUAAGACAAAUCCGCAUGACAAAAUCCAUUUCUCAUGCUAAGGAAAUUUGUAUUGCAAUUUAUAGUAGUGCGAUGCUUUUGCAUUGCAUAGCAGAUGCUGGAUCAGAUGAACGAAGACAUGGGCGGCGCCCUGGAAGAGGACAAGAAGGCGAAGGCCACUUACCACCAGUAUCAAAUGCAAAAAUGUCUGGGUCUGGAACAAAGCAACUUGUCAUGCUAAAUCUGAAUCAUAGAAAAAUCUGUGUUGCGUGAUUACCAAAAGCUGCUCACUUUUGACCUAAUCGAGAGACUGUUUCUCAUGCAGGAUAGACAUGAUAGAACCCUCACAGAAUCUGUCAUGCUAUGUCCUAGUACAUACCAGACCUCAUGGGUUAUGGAAAACCUGCAUGACAAGUCUGGCACUCUUCCAGACCCAGACACUUUUACAUUUGAUAACCAGAUGAAGACCGCGAAAGAGCAGGAGAUUGCCGCCCUGUCGCAAAUAUGGAUUGCAAAAGUGUCUGGGUCUGGAAAGUUGGAACUUGUAAAGCUGGUCUUGCAUAAUUGAUUCCUGUGAAAUCUGUAUUGCAUGACCAAGAACAGUGGUGGCCCCUUAGGUCAUACAAAAACGCACUUUCUCACGCGGAGUUCGUAUGAGAAGGCGUGCUGCAAUCUUGUCAUGCUUGCCUGCAUAAGGAAGUGACUUCCUCUUGCACAUUUUAGCAUCACAAAAUUCACUAUGCCGUUCCGGAGCCUGUGGAGGCUUGCCUCCUCAGCUAUGCUGGACAAUGGCAAUGUCGGUGCGGUUGUUUUAGCAUCACAAAUUUCCAGACCCAGACAUUUUUACAUUUGAUAGCAAAUGAUCGAGGAGAAGACCGAGUUGAAAGGGAAAGUCGGCGUCGAGAUCGUCCAGGCGAUGAAGGCGAAAGAGGACGCCAUUGCCCAGCUCGGCGACGCGCAGGCGUUUUUGGUGAAGUUGAAGGAAAUGUGCGGCGACAAAAAGGACGAGUUCGCAAUCCGGGCGGACGAUGCGCAGAAGGAGAUUUCCGCGAUCCAGGAGGCCGUUGUGGUUCUGAACGGCGAUGAUUCGCUGGACAUCUUCAAAAAAGCGGACCCACGAGCGCUGCUUUUACAACAGCCGUCCGACAGCAACAAGGUUUCCUUUUUGCAGAAGGGCACAUCCCUCCAGGCGCAGUCUUUUACCGUGAAAAAGCUCGUGCAAAUGCUGGACUCCCUGAUUGCGAAGAUAUCAAGUGCAAAAGUGUCUGGGUCUGCAAGGAUUGAACCUGUGAUGCGCAUUUCAGAACACACUAAAAUCUCUCAAGCAUAGGUAGCAAAAGCUACUCACUUUCUGUCACCCAAAUGGGGGAUUUGUCAUGCGGGUUCGGCAUUGCGGAAGCCUCUCGAAACCUGUAAUGCUCGAGCUUCCAUGCCAGACCCUCUGUGUCAUGCAGAGACAGCAUGACUCUUCCAGACCCAGACAUUUUUACAUUUGAUAGAAGAGCAGGGCGAACAAAAGCAUGAACAAGGCCUUGUCCCUGCUCGCCCUCACCGCCAAAUCGGAGCUGAAGCAGCAGUCGAAAUCUAAAGCGGGUGUGGACUUCUCGAUAUCAUGUGCAAAAGUAUCGUGUACUCGCACUAAUUGCAAAUAUGCAUGACAAAUCUCCUUCCUAAGGUAAAACAGCAUAACAGAUUGCGUUCGUUAUGCUGAGGACAUUUGUAAUGCAAUUCAUGCUAGUGCGAUUCUUUUGUAUUGCAUACUCGAAAGUCAUUACCAUGAUCGACGAGAUGGUGGAAUUGCUGAAGUCCGAAGCCGCCAACGACCUCUAUGGCGUUCUCAAAUGUUACAUUCUCAACUGUUACAUGAAUUUGCAAUGCAAGAACGACGAGAGUGAAAGGGGGAAGAUUGCGCCUUUUGCAUUACAAAUUUGGCACAGAGUUAGAUGCUGUUUAGCCCUUCGGAUAUUUGUCAUGCGAAGCAGCUUAAUCGUGGUGAUCUUGGCGGCAAAUUUGCAUGACAAAUCAUGUAACAGCUGAGAAUGUAACAGUUGAGAACGCCAUAACCUCCAUUCCCGGGACGACUGUAAUGCGGACUUGACCAUGAAUGAGGCCGAUACGAAGGAAACAAAACACAAGCUCACCGCCGAGCAAGAGAAGGUCGCAGAGAUGACGGAAUUGAUCGCUGCCAAGGCCUACCAAAUGCAAAUGUGUCUGGGUCUCUCCGGAAGGUUGCAACUUGUGAUGCUGUCGUGUUUGGAUUCGAAAGAAAUCUGUAUUGCAUGACCAAAAAGGGGAGCGCAGUUUGUCGUGCUACGCGCAGAGGGCAUUGAUUUGUCAUGUGGAGUAGGGAACAGGAAGGGUAGUUCUAAAAAUCUGUGAUGCUAGGGCAUACAUCACAGACAAUCAUGGCUCAUGCGACAUAUGCAUGACAAACCCGGAAUAUUAAACUUUCCAGACCCAGACAUGUUUGCAAUGCAUAGGGCAAAGUUGAUUGAGGAAAACACGGCGAACAUUGCGGAGUCGAUAUGAAAGUGCACAGCUUCCCCUUUCCCUCAUUUGUCAUGCAAAAUUCCAAAUCAACCAUUUGCCUGUUAGCACUGUUUGCAUGACAGAUUCUGGAAUGCAAAACAGCACUACAAGCAAUCUGCUAGGUGGAAUUUGUCAUGCAAAAGCUGCAUCUUUGCCAGCGCUUGUGUUGCUGUUCAUGCAAGAACACAGAUGGGGGGGGGAGGGGGAGUUUUGCACUUUCAUAGUCGAAAAAGGCCGUGCAGGAGGCGACCGCGCAGCGGGAAAAGGAGAAUGCGCAGUUCAUCACGACAGUAUAAACUGUAAAAAUGUCUGGGUCUGGAAGAUUGCAACUUGUCGUGCUCAAUCCGAAUCAUGCAAAAAUCUGUGUUGCAUGAGUGCCAAAAGCUGUCCACUUUCGACCAAGUUGGGAGGGAGUUUCGCAUGCAGGAUAGGCAUGAAAGAGACCUGACAGACUCUGUCAUGCUACGCCCCGCAUUCCAGACCUCAAGGGCCAUGGAAAACCUGCAUGACAAGUUCACACUCUUCCAGACCCAGACAUUUUUGCAUUUCAUAGACAGUGGACUUGAACAACUCUGCGAUCCAGCUCAUCGACAAGGCCAUCAUAUGAAUUGCAAAUAUGUCUGGGUCUGGAAGAAUGCAACUUUUAUUGCUGCGCUUGGACUCCAAAAAAAUCUGUAUUGCAUGAGCAGUAAAGGGAACGCAAUUUUUUCUAUGCGGAGGGGGCAUUUGUCAUGCGGAAUCGGCAUCACGAAGCUCUCAAAAAAUCUGUGAUGCUGCGGCAUGCAUCACAGACAGCAUGGCUCCUGGAAAACGUGCAUGACAAGUCUCAGAAUCUUCCCAGACCCACACAUAUUUGCAAUGUAUACAGCAACGUGUUGAACAAGUACUACAACCCGCAACUGUACAAGGCCCCGAAGGAAAAAGAGCUCUUAUCACACAGAAAAAAGCAGGCAGGGCACAUUAUUUGUGAUGCAAAAAUAGAUACACAAAAAAAUCUGUAUUGCGUAUCCUACUAAACAGCGAGCUACGGGGCCACCCAUGACAGAUUUUUCUGUAUCUGUGUAUCUAUUUUGCAUUACAAAUUAUUAUGCCCCACCAGCUUCCUUUUUUCACUGGGAUAGCUCACGGAGGAAGAAAAGAUCCUGCAGGCCGAGGGCCAAGACAUCGGGGAGACCACGGUCACUUCGAAAAUCGCCGGCACGGAUAUCGACGCUGUAUUGCUGCAGAAGCAGCACGCCUCAAGCUCCUUCCUGCAGAUUCAGGUGUUUAGCGUUGGUUCGGCUUGGAGGUCCACGGGACACUGAGACAAAUCAAAUCACUUUCAUCUUCAAGUUGUCCCUUGUGUAUCUAAAGUUUCAGUAGGAGAUCAAAGCAGAGUAAGACUAAGACUUUUAUUCACUAUAUUGUCUGUUGGUGGAAGAUUGAGUUGCAAUUUUUAAAGUGCUUUAACUUCAGGGAAUUUGAAUUAUGUACCAAACCACUACACAACAGUCCCGUCAAGUCGUAGAUCCGACGGAAAGCGCCCCGGAGAUCUUCGAAUCUGCCCAGCGAAAGAAUAAAUCGGGGAAGUCCAACUCAGUGGUGGCUCUCCUUAUGCAUUAUGCAAAAGUUGUGCCGUACUAGUUUGAAUCGCUGGAGAAGUUUUUUAAGAACAAAUAAAGUUGUGCAAUUUGAAUUUGUGAUGCCGUUCUUUAUUCCCCUAAGAGUAAGAAGUGGGCGGGGGCAUAGAUCUGUCGUGGAUGAGUGCGAAGAUCAGAUAGUACGAGUGCGAUCCUUUUGCAAUGCAUACUCCUGCGUAUGCUGCAAAGCGACAUCAAGAAGGACUCGGCCGCCGUAUCAAUUGCAAAAAUGUCUGGGUCUGGAAGAAUAAAAGAUUUGUGAUGCAGGUUUUCCAGGACCCAUGAGGUCUGGAAUGCGAGACCCAGCAUGACAGAUUCUUUGAGGUCUCUAUCAUGCCGUUCGCGCAUGAGAAACUCCCUCUCAACUUGGUCAAAAAGGGUCAGCUUAUGGCACUCAUGCAACACAGAUUUCUGCAUGAUUCGGAUUUAGCAUGACAAGUUGCAAUCUUCCAGACCCAGACAUUUUUACAAUCCAUAUGCCGUCGAAUCGGACGAAAAAGUCGCUGAGAAGGACUACGUGGGCUUGACCACCGACGCCUUCAAACAACAGGCGGAGUAACGAAGACAAGAAUUUACCUGUUAUGCGCAAGAUGCAUGACACAAAUACUUAGGAAAGAUGAAAGAAAAGACUGUGAUGCUAAAUACGGAUGCAGGACGGUUUUGUCAUGCAGAAGUAUACAUUCUAUCGCAUCUGCGAAAAAUUAUAAACGGUAAAUUUCCUCUGCAUAUUCAGUGGGGCAAGUCCAUCGCGGAUGCCACGAGCGACAAAGCCAGCUACGAGGAAGAGCUGCAGAAAGCGGAAACCUACGAAUUGCAAAAGUACCAUGCUCUGGUUGGAAAACUUUUUGCAUCACAAAUUGAAAUUUAUUCAGCAUGAAAGAAGACGGAAUCCGAAUUUCCCAUGCCGAUUUAUUUGUACCAGGCAUGAUUCUUGUCAUGCAAGAUUGCAACUUAAAGAUUGAACCGACGAGUUCGGUAGUACUUUUGUGCAGGAGAAAACCAUGGCGUCGGUGAAUGAACUAGAGCUGGAGAACUUGGCUACAACCCUGCAAGAACUGCACGUGAAAUGCGACUUCAUCAUCGCCCACUUUGAGGAGCGCAAGGCCGCCCGCGAGAGUGAGAUCGACGGGCUGCACCAGGCGAAGGGAGUCUUGGCUGGGGCGAGUUUUGAAUUUUAAAAAGCAACUCUAAAACGUUGUGGCUUUUAUUUAGAAGAAAGUCUUUAUAUAUAGCUUGAAUUUUCUUUUCCCUUUUCCAAAUGUUGGAAAGUCUUUUGUCCUCUCGUUUCACGAAUUUUUUAGCACUUUAAAAAUACUGGCAAGAUUUUCCAACAACUCUAAUGCUUCAGGAUCAGCAUUAUACUCUUCAAACCAUUUUAUAUUUACGUAUUGACAUCAGCAAAGAGAAAACAACAACUAGAAUAGUAUCAAGCAAAGAACGUAGGGUCAUUUGAUCUGUAGUUGGCGCGCAGAAGAAGUAGGAUUGAUUCUCUGCAGGUGCUGCGCCGUCGAUGUAUGAUGUACUACUUCAGACCAGCGUUAUGGUUGAAGCGUUUUUUCUCCACCGUCAGCACAGAAUGUGGCGCUUGUGUACAACGACGUGAGACAGAUUAGAAGAGGACACGCUGUUUUGAAAUAGUGGUGUAAACGUAUAGAAGAGGACUGCAACUAUUCUUUUCUUUCAGCAUGGAAGGGAGAUGAAAAUUUUGGUUUGGAGAUGGCGG